AUGACUCGGAUUUUGGUUCAACGAGGUUCAGCAGGCAGUUCUUCUAACCCGAACCGCGCUUCUUCCUCUUCCUCGUCGUCUGGCUCAUCUUCUUCCUCAGAGCCACAGAUAAGCAGUAAUGUUCAGGUUCCACCAGUGAGUAUAGAUGAAGAAGUUGCGGAUGAAAAGCAAGAAGAGGUUAUUGUAGUUGAGCAAGCAGAGUCUUCUGAUGCUAAGAAUGUGGCAGUGCAGAGUGAUGAACCACCUGUGGAUAGAGAAGAUGAUGAAGCUUUAGUUGUUACGGAAAAUGCUGACGUUGAAAGUGAAAGUGUAGUCUGUGAUUCUCCAGUCAGUGGCUGUGAUGAUCCUGAUUCACCACCUUUACCUGUUCAACCACCAAAGCCUUCUUCGAAUGUUAAUAAAAGAUCGGUCUUGGGAAGCUUUGGCGCUUUACGGAUUGGAGCAACGAGGAGAGGGGCUGGGCCAAGAUCUCUCGUUUCCGCAACUGAAUCUCAUCCUUCUUCUCCAAGAUCACACAUUGAGAACGAAGGCUAUAACAGUUCCGAUGAGCAUAUGCCAUCCUUUGGACCCUCACAUCCCGGCUCUGGCUCGGAAAGAGAACACCAGUUUGAAACCGAGAUUAGACAAUCAAAAGGCUUUGUGAUUAGGCGUAUGUUGGAAGAUGGAAAUUGUCUUUUUCGGGCUGUUGCAGAUCAAGUGUAUGGGGACUCAGAGUCAUAUGACUUGACUAGGCAAAUGUGCAUGGAUUAUAUGGAGCACGAGAGGGAUCACUUUUCUCAGUUCAUAACGGAAGGAUUUACCUCUUACUUGAAGAGGAAAAGAAGAGAUAAGGUCUACGGAAACAACGUGGAGAUCCAAGCUUUAGCAGAAAUCUAUAAUAGGCCCAUCCACAUUUACUCAUAUAGCACAGAGCCUAUCAACAUAUUUCAAGGAAACUACAACACGGAUACACCUCCUAUAAGGCUGAGUUAUCACCACGGGAAUCAUUACAAUUCUUUGGUGGAUCCACACCGGUUAACAAUUGGUGCAGGCCUUGGAUUUAGUAGCCUUAGUGGGAGACACGUGGAUGGGGAGCAGGUGAAAGCUGCUAUAAAGGCUCAGCAAGAACAUCAGAUUGAUAAUGCGCUCUUAGCAGAAGGGAGAUAUUACUCUGACCUCGAGCUUACGGAAAAGGAAAUAGAACGGUCGGUCAUGGAAGCUUCCCGUGCUGAGUACCUUAUGGAAUGGUCUAAGCCACGGAUCGGUCCCAAGGAAUCAUCCACUUGUAACGCUGAGACGUCCUCCUCUGGAGCUAGACCUUCAGGCAGUGAUGUGAAACCAAAGGAGGCGGCGGUAAAAGAGAAGACGGUUCUGAGCAGCAGCAUCGAGAUGGUUUUGUCGAUGGGGUUUAGCUACACGCAGGCCAUGGAAGCUUAUAGCAUAUUCGGGGACGAUGUUGACUCGAUGGUCUGCUAUGUACUGGAGACGAGCUGUGGUGGCAACAACCGACGCAAAGGCAAAGCCACAGAAUAG